AAAAUGGCUGCCGCGCCGCUGCGCGCCUAGAGGGAAAGAGCCGCGCGUCUCCCGCCCCCCGUCGUCAGCCCGCCCGCUCCGCUCCGCUCCGAGGCGGCUCUGUUCUAGGCUUGGACUACAUCAGUGAACACUAUCCCUGCUUUGAUGGAAUAUAGCAUCUUUUAUAUUGAUGAUGUUAUAUGACUGACAAAUUAGUUUGAGAGGAGGACUUGUUUGCAUCUUUACUCUGCUAGCACUGUCUGACCAGGUUUUGAUGGACACCGGGCUUUGCUUUUGCAAUGAAGAGAGGUCCUAGGCAAAAAACAUUCUCCAAAGCAAAGAUGCCACCAUCCACUCACUCUUCUAGUCCCUCAUCUCUUAAAUCUAAUAUGAGAUCUAGAUCACUUUCACCUUUAAGUGGAGCUGAGAUUCUGCCUUUUCGUUCUGGAAGACAGUGGCCUGAGCAAGUCGAGAUUACGGAUAAAAACAAUAUGCUUUUGGACUACCAAGACCAUAAAGAAGUUGAUUCACACGUAGGAGUCCGAUAUAUUACAGAGGAGCUUAUUAAAAAACUUGCUAAACAGGACAAUUUGGCCUUGGUGAAAUCUCUUAAUCUCUCACUUUCAAAAGAUGGUGGCAAGAAAUUUAGGUACAUUGAAAAUUUGGAAAAAUGCAUUAAACUUGAAGUACUGAAUCUCAGCUAUAAUAUAAUAGGGAAGAUUGAGAAGGUGGACAAGCUGUUAAAAUUACGUGAACUCAACUUAUCAUAUAAUAAAAUCAGCAAAAUUGAAGGCAUAGAAAAUAUGUAUAAUCUGCAAAAGCUAAACCUUGCAGGAAAUGAAAUUGAACAUAUUCCAGCAUGGUUCGGAAAAAAGUUAAAAUCUUUGCGAGUCCUCAAUCUGAAAGGCAACAAGAUAUCAUCACUCCAGGAUAUUAGCAAGUUGAAGCCACUUCAAGAUUUGACUUCUCUGGUGCUGGUUGAAAAUCCAGUUGUGACCCUCCCUCAUUACUUCCAGUUUACAAUUUUUCACCUCCGUUCACUGGAAAGUUUGGAAGGUCAGCCAGUAACCACUCAGGCCAGACAGGAAGCUUUUGAGAGGUUCAGUUUAGAAGAGGUAGAAAGACUGGAAAGAGACCUGGAAAAAAAGGUGACAGAAACUGAAGAGCUUAGGAGCAAACAAGCAAGGUUUCUCGAGGAAAUUAAAAACCAAGAUAAGUUGAACCAAUCCUUAAAAGAGGAGGCUGUGCUACAGAAACAGAACUAUGAGGAGCUAGAGAGUAACCUGAAUACAAAAAAUGAAUUGCUAAAACAGAAGACCAUUGAACUAACGCGAGCAUGUCAGAAACAGUACGAGCUGGAACAGGAAUUGGCCUUUUAUAAAAUUGAUGCUAAAUUUGAGCCACUAAAUUACUACCCAUCGGAGUAUGUUGAAAUUGAUAAAGGUCCAGAUGAAAGCCCUUACAUUGGCAAAUCCAGAUACAAGAGAAAUAUGUUCACCACAGAGAGUUACAUUAUUGAUAAUGCCCGGCCAAUAGAGAUCAAGAGGAUGGAACCAGCUGAAGGAGAACAACUUAAACAUGAACAUGUAAACCUGAGAGUACAUGAGCCCCUGGACAUACAACUAGAAGACAAAGAAAAAAAAAUAACUGCAGCACAAACUCGACUAUCAGAACUGCAUGAUAAAAUAGAGAAAGCAGAACAACAAAUUUUAAGAGCUACUGAAGAAUUUAAACAACUGGAAGAAGCUAUACAACUCAAAAAAAUUUCAGAAGCUGAGAAAGACCUUCUUUUCAAGCAGUUGAGUAGUAAGAUACAACUUCUAAAUAAAUUACGCCAAGAAGCUCUGGAUCUGGAAAUGGAGAUGGAAAAGCAAAAGGAGGAAAUUGCUGAAAAGCAGAAGGAGAUCAGGGACCUGCAAAUUACCAUAGACAACCUGGAUUCCAAAGACCCAAAACAUUGCCAUAUGAAGGCUCAGAAAAGGGGUAAAGAACAACAACUUGACAUUAUGAGCAAGCAGUACAAACAACUUGAAAGCCGCUUGGAUGAGAUUCUUUCUAGAAUUGCUAAAGAAACUGAAGAGAUUAAGGACCUUGAACAACAGCUUACUGAAGGCCAGAUAGCAGCAAAUGAAGCCCUGAAAAAGGAUUUAGAAGGUGUUAUCAGUGGGUUACAAGAAUACCUGGGGACUGUCAAAGGCCAGGCAACUCAGGCCCAGAAUGAGUGCAGAAAGUUACAGGACGAAAGAGAGACAUUGCUGCAGAGACUGACUGAAGUCGAACAGGAGAGGGACCAACUUGAAAUAGUUGCCCUGGAUGCAGAAAAUAUGAGGAAGGAGCUCGCAGAGCUAGAAAGUGCCCUCCAGGAGCAGCAUGAGGUGAACGCAUCCCUACAGCAGACCCAGGGAGAUCUCAGUGCCUAUGAGGCUGAGCUAGAAGCUCAACUAAAAAUAAGGGAUGCAGAAGCCCACCAGCUCAAGGAAGACUUGGAAAAACUUACAAGACUCAGCCAGUUAGAACAGUCAGCCCUUCAAGCAGAACUUGAGAAGGAAAAGCAAGCCCUCCAGAAUGCCCUCGGAGAAGCCCAGCUCUCAGAAGAAAAGGAGCAAGAAAACAGUGAGCUCCGCAUGCAACUUAAGCAGCUGCAGGAUGACAAUAAACUGUUAAAACAGCAACUUAAAGAUUUCCAGAAUCAUCUUAACCAUGUAAUUGAUGGUUUGAUUCGUCCAGAAGAAGUAGCAGCUCGUGUGGAUGAACUGAGAAGAAAACUGAAAUCAGGAGCAGGAGAAAUAAGAAUCCAUAGUCCUUCAGAUGUCUUAGGGAAGAGUCUUGCUGAUUUGCAAAAACAACUCAGUGAAAUCCUUGCACGCUCCCAGUGGGAAAGAGAGGAAGCACAAGUGAGAGAAAGAAAACUGCAAGAAGAAAUGGCUCUGCAACAAGAGAAACUGGCAUCUGGACAAGAAGAGUUCAGGCAGGCCUGCGAGCGAGCUCUGGAAGCAAGAAUUAAUUUUGAUAAGAGACAACAUGAAGCAAGAAUCCAGCAGUUGGAAAAUGAAAUUCACUAUUUGCAAGAAAAUCUAAAAAGUAUGGAGGAAAUCCAAGGCCUUACAGAUCUCCAACUUCAGGAAGCUGAUGAAGAGAAGGAGAGAAUUCUGGCCCAGCUCCAAGAAUUAGAAAAAAAGAAGAAAUAUGAAGAUGCCAAAUCUCAAGAGCAGUUCCUUGGUUUGAAUAAAGAACUGAAGAAACUAAAGAAAGCUGUAGCUGCCUCUGAUAAGCUGGCCACAGCUGAGCUCACCAUUGCCAAAGACCAGCUGAAGUCCCUUCAUGGAACAGUUGUGAAAAUUAACCAGGAGCGAGUGGAGGAAAUGCAAGAAACAGAGUGGUUCAGCAGAAAGGCAGCACAGGCGGCCAGGGAUCUGACACGAGCAGAAGCGGAGAUUGAACUCCUACAGAAUCUUCUCAGGGAAAAGGAGGAACAGUUUCGAAUUGAGAUGGAGAAAGUAGACGUUGGCACUGGAGGAACAGACUCACAGGUGCUAGAAAUUGAAAAGAUGAAUGAAACAAUGACGAGACAAAGGACAGAGAUUGCAAGGCUGCGGAAUUUACUGGACCUCACCGGGACUGAUAACAAAGGAAGCUUCGAAAACAUUCUGGAAGAAAUUGCAGAACUCCGGCGGGAAGUUUCUUACCAGAAUGACUACAUCAGCAGCAUGGCAGAUCCUUUCAAAAGACGAGGCUAUUGGUAUUUUAUGCCGCCACCAUCAUCAUCAAAAGUUUCCAGCCACAGUUCCCAAGCCACCAAGGACUCUGGAGUUGGCCUAAAGUAUGCAGCCUCAACUCCUGCUGAGAAAACACACCCCGAGCAGCAGGAUGGCAAGGAAGGCAGUGGGCCGCCCCCUGCCCUAGGAUACUGGGUUUAUUCUCCCAUCAGGAGUGGGUUACGUAAAUCAUUUUCAAAUAAAGACAGUGGAGGAGACAGCCAGGAGGAGAGUGAGCUGGAAGACCAAGAGGACCGCACCUUUGUGCCCCCCUCCGGGUACAUGGUAUACACUGUGUUUCCUGAUGGGUCUCCCGUCCCCCAAGGCAUGGCCCUAUAUGCACCACCUCCACCCUUGCCCAACAAUAGCCAUCCUCUCACUCCUGGCACUGUUGUGUAUGGCCCGCCACCUGCUGGGACACCCAUCGUGUAUGGGCCUCCACCCCCCAACUUCUCCGUCCCCUUCAUCCCCGUGGGCGUGCUGCAUUGCAAUGUUCCGGAGCACCAUGACUUAGAGAAUGAAGUUUCAAGAUUAGAAGAUAUAAUGCAGCAUUUAAAGUCUAAGAAACAGGAGCGGUGGAAGAGCACAUCCAGGCAGCAUUCUGAGAAAGAAAUAGAAGAACUGCAUGAUAAUAUUGACAUUCUUUUGCAAGAAAAGAAGGACUUAGAGCAUGAAGUAGAAGAAUUACAGAUAACCAUCCAGAAACAUCAUCAGCGAAAAGACUUCAUUGAUGGAAAUUAUGAGACUCUUAUGAAUGAACUAGAAAUAGAAAAGUCUCUCAAACACCAUGAAGAUGUUGUUGAUGAAAUUGAGUGCAUUGAGAAGACCCUUCUGAAGCGCCGAGCAGAGCUCAGGGAAGCUGACCGACUCCUGGCAGAGGCUGAGAGUGAACUCUCAAGCAUCAAAGAGAAGACAAAAACUGCUGUUGAAAAGUUCACUGAUGCCAAGAGAAAUUUAUUACAAGCUGAGUCAGAUGCUGAGGAGUUAGAAAGGAGAGCUCAGGAAACUGCUAUUAACCUUGUCAAAGCUGAUCAACAGCUCAGAUUGCUCCAGGCUGACACAAAAGACUUGGAGCAGCACAAAAUCAAUCAAGAAGAAAUCUUGAAAGAAAUAAACAAAGUUGUUGCAGCAAAAGACUCAGACUUCCAAUGUUUAAACAAGAAGAAGGAAAAACUGACAGAAGAAUUGCAGAAGCUGCAAAAAGAUAUUGAGGCUGCAGAACGCAGUGAGGACCACCACCUGCAGGUCCUUAAGGAAUCUGAGACCCUCCUGCAGGCCAAGAGAGCAGAGCUGGAAAAGCUGAAAAGCCAGGUGACAGGCCAGCAGCAGGAGAUGGCUGCCUUGGACAGGCAGUUAGGACAUAAGCGGGAGGAGCUGCAUCUACUGCAGGGAAGCAUGGUCCAGGCCAAAGCUGACCUCCAGGAAGCUCUGCAGCUGGGAGAAACUGAAGUAGCUGAGAAGUGCAAUCACAUUAGGGAAGUAAAAUCUCUUCUAGAAGAACUGAGUUUUCAGAAAGGAGAACUGAAUGUCCAGAUUAGUGAAAAAAAAACUCAACUUGCACUUAUAAAGCAAGAAAUUGAAAAAGAGGAAGAAAACCUUCAGGUAGUUUUAGGGCAAAUGUCUAAACAUAAAACCGAACUAAAGAAUAUUCUGGACAUGUUGCAACUUGAAAACAAUGAGCUACAAGGUUUGAAGAUACAACAUGACCAAAAGGUGUCUGAGUUAGAGAAGACUCAGCUUGAAAUGCUAGAGGAGAAACUGGAGUUAGAAAACUUGCAACAGACAGCUCUGCGGCAGAAAGGGGAAAUAGAGUGGCAAAAGCAGGUCCUUGAGAGAGGCAAACGGGAAAUAGAACAAAUAUCUGCUGAGACACGAGCAUUACAAUCCUGUCUUGAGUCUUUGAGUAAAGAAAAGGAAGACCUUGAAGAUAAAUGUGACAGCUGGGAAAAAAAGUUGGAGCAAACCAAACGGGUUUUAGCAGCUACAGAAGAGAAUAGCAAAAUGGAACAGUCAAACUUAGAAAAGUUGAGAUUGGAUGCCAGAAAACUGCAACAGGAGCUAGACCAGUUAAACAGAGACAAGCUCUCACUGCAUCAAGACAUCACAGCAAUGCAGCAGCAGCUACGAGAAAAACGAGAAGCAAUAAACUCACUACAAGAAGAACUAGCUGAUGUCCGAGACCAUUUGAACCUAGCAAAACAGGACCUGCUUCACACCACCCAGCGUCAGGAAGCCCUGCUCAGCGAGCAGACCAGGCUCCAGAAAGGCAUCAGUGAAUGGAACACCAAGGUUGAAGACUGCCGAAAAGAAGGGGAGACAAAGCAACAGCAACUUCAAAUGCUUCAGGCUGAGAUAGAAGAAAGCAAAGUCAAGCUAGCCCAACAAGAAAUGUUGGUUCAGAGACUCCAGAAAGAGAUGGAAAGUGAAGAAAAAAAGUUCGAAGCCAGCAAAAUGAUGCUGAGGGAGCAGCAGCACCAGCUGGAAAAAGAAUUAACAGACCAGAAAGGGAAACUGGACCAGGUAGUCACUGAAGUGUUAGUGGCUGAAGAGCGUGUCAGGACUCUGCAGCAAGAGGAAAAGUGGGGUGAGACCCUGGAGAAGACGCUUUCCCAAACCAAACGACAGCUUUCAGAAAGGGAGCAGCAAUUAAUGGAAAAGUCAAGUGAGCUGCUGGCUCUCCAGAAAGAGACCGACUCCAUGCGGGCAGACUUCAGCCUCCUCAGGAAUCAGUUCUUGACAGAAAGAAAGAAGGCUGAGAACCAGGUUGCCACUCUGAAGGAAGCACUGAAGAUCCAGCGGAGCCAGCUGGAGAAAAACCUCCUUGAACAAAAGCAGGAGAACAGCUGCAUGCAAAAGGAGAUGGCAACAAUCGAGCAGGUGGCCCAGGACAACCACGAGCGGGCCAGGCGCCUGAUGAAGGAGCUCACCCAGAUGCAGCAAGAGUACACGGAGCUCAAGAAGCAGAUGGCAAACCAAAAGGAUUUGGAGAGAAGACAAAUGGAAAUCAGUGAAGCAAUGAAGACACUUAAAUCUGAGGUGAAAGAUGAAAUCAGAACCAGCCUGAAGAGUCUCAACCAGUUUCUUCCAGAAUUACCACCAGAUUUGGAAGUUAUUUUGGAAAGAAAUGAAAACCUCGGAGGAGGGUUGGAAAGCUUGAAAGAGAACUUUCCAUUCUCCAUGAACGAGAGACCAUCACCUUUUGAAGAAAAACUGAACUUGUCCCAGGUUCACAUAAUGGAUGAACACUGGCGAGGAGAAGCACUCCGAGAGAAACUGCGUCACCGUGAAGAUCGGCUUAAGGCCCAACUUCGACACUGCAUGUCCAAGCAAGCAGAGGUGUUAAGUAAAGGGAAGCGGCAGACAGAGGGCACUUUACACAGCUUGAGGAGACAAGUCGAUGCUCUCGGGGAAUUGGUCACCAGCCCCUCUGCGGACUCGCUGUCAUCGACCAGUCUGUCUCAGCUGGACUCUUCUUCCCUUGCAGAGGACUCUCAUCUUAGACCAGCCCAGGAAAAGGACUCCGCUAGUGAGAAGUACUGUAUCUCGCAUAAAUAUAUCUGAGGAAAUAUCUUCAGUACUACCUCACUAACUUCGUAAUUGGAAUGCCAUUUGGCUUUUAUGAAGAUCCAGUGAACUCAGAUGCUAAAACCCCACUGUAGUUUAUUUCACUUGUACGGUUAAGCCAGUUUUUGUAAAUCACUUGUACAUAUGGGAAUAGUUGCACACAAUUCAAACCAAGGUCCUGGUAUCGUAAGGUUUUUUUUAAAUCUUUGAAAUGUCUAUGAAACCAAUAAUGAUUUUAACUGCAAAUUUAAGCCUCUGAACAGGUAAAAUCUAUAGUUACACAGGAAAAAAUGUACUUGAAACUCUUCAUUUAUAUUGUAUCAAAAGGUAUUUUUUAAUUUUGCUUAAA